CUGCUAAUAUAAUUUAUUAUUAUAACAUUUUCAAAAUUGUCAUUUAAUAAAUAAUCAACUAAUUAGUAAAAUGUCAAUCAGUAAAAAACCUAAUUAUAUAAUCCGUUCAAUGGGUUUGUCUGAUUGCGAUGAAGUACGAGAGUUGUGGAAAGGUGCAGGGUUCACUAUUAUCAAAAAUGUUAACGAAGUAUUCAUGAAACUAGAUCCCGAGGGCUUAUUGGUGGCUCAAGACCAAGAUACUGGAAAAAUUAUUGGAUAUUGCGGUGCAGUCAAUGUGUCCGAAGAUUUUGCAGUUAUUGGCGGGUAUUGUGUGAAGCCUGAGUACCAGGGUCAUGGUAUUGGGAAUAACAUUUGGAACUCAGGAAUGGCACAUAUGGGCGACCGCAAUAUUGGACUUAUGGCCGCCAAUAUGAAAAUGUUUGAGAUAUACAGAGAUCGGCAUCAUUUCAAAUGCAUUCGUGAGCCCAUCCUCUAUAUGAGGGGACAACUGGCGUUAGACACAGAUCUCAUCGAUCAUAUCAAAGGCGUCUCUUUGGUUGCCAUCAAUGAGGACAAUGUCCGCGAUGUCAUUGAAUACGACCAACAAAUUUGCGGUUUAGACAGAAGUGUAAUGAUUGAGGGCUUCUAUAAAACGGCAGAUAAUGUCAGUUUAGUGGCCAUUAAUGACAGAAAUCAAGUGUUGGGCUAUUGUUUUAUUAUGGAGACGUGUGUUCAGAGUCUUCAAUUGGUUGCACCUCUUUAUGCGGACAACUGUCAAAUAGCAGAGCUGUUGGGCCACAAGUGUUGCCUACUUUUGCCAUUAAGUAAGAGGAGUGAUGUGAUCAUCAAGUGUUGGAAAUCAGAUCACAAAGCGAUACAAUUGGCGAAGAAAUUGGGAUUAUCUGAAGGGAGGGAACAGAUGGGAGGAUAUACCAAGGUGAUACCACAAACUAAUGUGGGCACGAAUAAUAUCGGUUGGAAUAACACCGUCGAGGAUACUGUUCACGGAGUAAAGCAAGUGUUGACUGAAUUGACUGCCAAACUGCCCGACACUAAAGUCAUACUCACCUCCAUUUUGCCGGCACCUGAACCCCGGGGCUCUAAAUGCAAACAAGUGACUGAACUCAUCCAGCAAUUUGCCGACAAUAAGACUGUCACCCUGGUCUCGUAG